CUCUCGUUGGCUUGAGCACUGACAUUCAACAAGAACGCCAUGUCCCCAUGCGCGCCCGGGCCACUGAUCGGCCGGGCGCUGCGGGCACUGCGGCUCCCGGCGUGGCCGCUGCGAAGGAUGCCAAGCCUUCCAGGUUGCCAUUGGUGGUGAUUGGCUUCAGUGCCUUGGGCUUAGCGCUGUGGGCCUUGGCCGCCCUUCGCUUGCACCCGGACGACCACCGCGCCGUGUCCCCUCCGCUGAUUUCAGCGCCGCUGAGUCCUGCGCUGAGUCCCGCACUGCGGCCGCGGGACGAAGGCCAUCGCCGGCGUGAUCGACACGUGGCGGAAGCCACGCCGAAAGCGCCGAAAGCGCCGCCGACGCCCAAACCGGCGUCGCCAACGUCUGCACCAACUUUGGCAGUGCCAGGUGCCAAACCAGCCAAAGUGCUGGCAGGCGGCACGUCCAGUCGCGCCGCGAGCAGCUCACCCAAAGUUACGGAACCUGUCAAAGUUGGAGCAGUCCCUGCCGUCCCUCCACCGGCGCGGCGUUUGCGGCACGUGACCGUGCCAGCGGCGUUGAUCCCCAGGCCACGACAACUGCAGGCGCUGCCGCCGAGCCCAAGCGGCAGCCCUGAGCUCGUGUGGUCGCUGCGGUGGUUGGCGCCCGCGCUGCCCAAAGCCAAGAGCGAAGAGAGUUUCGCCCUGGCGGCCUUGGCCAACACUCUGGGCAUUGCACCCGGUGCCGGGGAUCAAGCCGCCGGCACGGUGCAGGUGCUGUUGCGGGCCACGCGCCCUCAAGCGCGACAAAACUGUUUGGAUCUGAUGAAGGAAGCUUUGCCCAGGUCGCACCAGACCUACAACCUUCGAGAGCGCGACACGGACUGCCAUGCGUCGGAGUGGCACUUUGCCGUGUCGAAUGCCAACGGGCGUCUCGUUCUUCAAGGGGCGCGUGUCAUGUUCAAAAUGUUGUCUUUUGACAGGUGAGAAUUACAUGUGGCCGAAAAAGAACGGGGCUCCUGGCCUUAUAACUAGGAGCGUUCGGACGCUACAUGGUGGCCCGGCUCCGCGAGGCUCUGCGUCAGCGCGACGCGG